AUGGCCGUUGGAGCGUUGGCCCGCCGGCUGCGUCGACAUGCUGCGCGCGCCUCCGGAGCGGCGCCCCGCUGGGCGCACCCACGAGGUCCCGGGGGGCCGCAGGACGCCCCGCUGGUGGCGGUGGGCCUCGUCGUGCGGUCGGCGGUGACGGCGGCGGACGCGGGCGUGGCCCUGGGCCAGCGGGCGGCCGCCGCAGACGCGGAGACCGCCGCGGCUCUGAGCCUGCCCGCGCUGCCGGCCAAGAGGCUGGUGCUGCUGCUGUCGCAGCCGGGGGCGCUGCCGGCGCGCUCGGUCGCCCUGGCCCUCGAGUGCGCCCUGCGGCGCGUCGAGGAGAUGGACGGCAAGGACUGCGUGCGGCUGCUGCGCGCGCUGGCGGCGCACGCGGGGGGGGCCAGGCUGGAGGAACGCCACCUCCAGGCGCUGGGCGCGCAGCUGAGCGAACGCCUCGGCGACAUCUCCACCGCCGACAUGGCGGAGCUCGUGGGCGCCCUCGCGGACGCCUCGCUGCCCGCGCUGCCCGUCUACGCGCGCCUGUCCGCGGCCUUCGGCCUGCGCUGCGCGGGGGCCUCCGCGCCGCAGCUGACGCGCGUGGCCGUGGCGUUCUCGCGCGUGCGGCUCGCGGACCGGCGGCUCUUCCCGCGGCUCGGGCAGAGCGCGGUCAAGCAGCUGCACCACUUCGGCGCCCCCGACCUGCCCGCCUUCCUCGCCGCCUUCGCAGCGGUCGGACUGUGCCACGAGGUGCUCCUCACCGCUGCGGCCAAGGUGGUGGUCUCCCGAGCGCAGCGCCUCGGGGCGAUCGACCUCGCGCUGGUGGCUUACGCCUACGCACAGUUUUUCCUCGUCUAUCCGGCCGUGGUCUCCAUGCUGAGUCACCGGCUGCCCGCGUGCGCGCAUGAGCUCCCCGCCGCGAGGCUGGCCGAGCUGGCCGUCUCCUGUGCCCGGCUGCAGGUGCGGCCUCCGCAGCUGCUGGCGACCUUCGACCGCGACGUCAGCCUCUCCGGCCUGAGCGGGCCGCUCUUCGGGGAGGCGGCCAAGGCCCUGGCGCAGCUGGGCCUCGCGGGAGCGCCCGGGGCCGAGGCGCGCAUCGGCGAGGAGGUCCUGCGGCGGCUCGGCGGCGGAGUGGACACAGGCGAGUGGGCCCUGAACCUGCUGGAGUGCCUCGGCGAGGCCGCCGAGGACGCCCGCAGGCGCAGGGGGGGCGCCUGCCCCCACUUCCUCGCCGGCGCGCUGCUCGGCGUCGCGCCGCACGUGGAGCGGCUCUGCCCGGCCCUGGGCCCUGGCGAGGUCGCGGGCGCCUACCGGUGCCUCCGGCAGCUGCCCCGCUCCCUCGCGUCGCCCUCGGCGGGGCCUGGCCUACGGGCGCUCCACGAGGCGCUGGCGGCACGGGCGGGCCACCUGGCGGCGGCCGAGGCGUUCAGCGGCGAGGAGCUGACGUCGGUGCUGUUCUCCCAGAUGUGCCUCUGCCCCGAGCUCUUGGCAGAGGAGGAAGCCGACGCCAGCGGGCGCGGCGCGCCCGUGAACCCGCAGCGGGCCGCGCUGCGGGCCAGCUGGGACGCGCUGCGGGGCGCGCGGGGCGCCGCGCGCGGCGCGGCUUUUGAGGACCCGCGCUCGCGGCUGCAGGAUGCCAUGCUCGACCUUGCGCUCGCGCCCAGGGACUCGCAGAUUGCCGCUGAUCUGGCCGACUCUGCGGCUGCGGGCGAUCGAAGGCGCCUGGCCCACAUGGCCGACGCGGAUGGCGCCCAGGAGGGGGCGGAUUACCGCGAGAGGAUCGCCAGGCUCUCGGACAAGCUGUGCGUGCUCCAUGCGGGGCUCGACCAGGAUAGGAACACGCGCUUCGAGCACUUGCAGGGGAAGAUGCGGCAGCUGGACGAGAAGGUGUGCGCGUCCCAGGACUCCACGGGCAAGAAGUUCUCGGUGCUGAAGGGGCAGCUCCUCGCGUUCCAGUCGGACCUCGACGAGGAGCGCUCCUGCCGCGAGAGGCUCGCCCAGGACAAGCAGGAGGAGAUCGCGCGGGUGGACGAGGCCCUGCAGGGAGAGCUCGCCGCGCGUGAGGCCAGCCUCGCGGCCGAGCAGGAGGCGCGCCGGGAGUCGGAAGCGAGGGUGCUGCAGACGUUCGAGGCGAAGACGCGCGGCAUCCGGGAAGAGAUGCAGGCGAACGGUCGCCUCCGGAUGGACCUCUGGGGCGGCAAGGGGGCAGUGGUGCAGGGGGACAACGAGGCGAAUCUGCGGAGGUAUCUGGAGGUCGACAUCCCCAAGCUCUACGAGAGCCUCAAGGAGGAGGUCGGCAGUCGGGAGGCGAUGGAGCAGCGGAUGCUGAGGAAGGCUAUGGAGGAGGUGACCCAGUUGCAGGGCGCGGUUCUUGCAGAGAAGAAGGAGCGAGAGGACACAGAGGAGGCGAUGCUCAGGAUGAUGGAGGAGGUGGUGGCGAAGAUGCAGGGCGAGAUCGCGGCAGAGCGGCGCGAGCGGGAGAGGACCGAGGAGAGGCUCCAGAGCCUGCUCAGCGACACCUGCGAGAAGCUGCAGAGUGCGUCCCAUAGCCUGUAGCAGCUGCGCCCAAGAGGUCGCCCAGGGUGCCCCUGGCCCCUGGCCCCCGGCAACAUCUGGACAUCCUGCACUCCUCCUCCAUCCACCCUAUAGAACGGCGUCCGCUCGGCAAGUUGCCGCACGGCCCGGUGCAUGUUGCCGAGCUGAGUUCUCGGCCCAUCGCGGGCGUCCUUGCGGAUUGCGCAAAACGCGCAGCCUUCUGGCGCCCUCAGUGUGCUCGAUGUCUAGGACAGACCGGGGC